AUGAAGGGGCUGCCAAGUACUGUCGUCUGCGUCGCAGUUGCUUUUCUCAGGGUUUUUGUGCCCGAUGGUUUUUGCUCCCCAACUCGGCUGGAGAGCUCCAGAUCUGCUCCCUCCCAUCACCCCCUCCGUGCCACACGGACUCUCCUUCGGUUUUCCCCUCGUUCUUCCCUUCUCACCCACUCCUUUUCGGGAUUUUUCAAGUCACAUUCAGUUGAUAGGAUGAAAAAGUUUAAGAGAAGGCUAUCCCUCACGCUUCGAGGAAGCCAGACUAUUGAUGAAUCAUUGUCUGAAUUGGCUGAGCAAAUGACUAUUGAAGAAAACAGCAGCAAAGAUAAUGAGCCUAUCGUGAAGAAUGGCAGGCCUCCAACCUCGCACAGUAUGCAUUCCUUCCUCCACCAGUACACAGGGUCCUUUAAGAAGCCCCCAUUGCGGAGACCACAUAGCGUUAUUGGAGGAAGCCUUGGUUCCUUCAUGGCAAUGCCCAGAAAUGGAAGCAGAUUAGAUAUUGUUCAUGAAAAUUUAAAAAUGGGAUCAGAUGGUGAGAGUGACCAAGCUUCUGGGACAUCAUCUGAUGAAGUCCAGUCACCUACGGGUGUUUGUCUUAGAAAUCGUAUACAUAGGCGGAUCUCAAUAGAGGAUUUAAAUAAGCGGUUAUCACUGCCUGCAGAUAUCAGAAUACCUGAUGGGUAUCUUGAAAAGUUGCAGAUCAACAGUCCACCAUUUGAUCAACCAAUGAGCCGAAGGUCUCGGAGAGCUUCCUUAUCAGAAAUUGGGUUUGGAAAAAUGGAAACCUACAUCAAAUUGGAAAAGCUUGGAGAGGGUACAUAUGCAACAGUAUAUAAAGGAAGAAGUAAAUUGACAGAGAAUUUGGUGGCCUUGAAAGAGAUCCGGUUGGAACAUGAAGAAGGUGCGCCCUGCACAGCAAUAAGAGAAGUUUCACUGUUAAAGGAUCUAAAACAUGCAAAUAUAGUAACCUUACAUGACAUUGUUCAUACAGAUAAAUCUUUGACUCUGGUCUUUGAGUAUCUGGAUAAAGAUCUAAAACAGUACAUGGAUGACUGUGGAAACAUCAUGAGUAUGCACAACGUAAAGCUGUUUUUAUACCAAAUUCUACGUGGUUUGGCAUAUUGCCACAGAAGAAAGGUGUUACACCGAGAUUUAAAACCACAGAACCUCCUCAUUAAUGAAAAAGGAGAAUUAAAGCUAGCAGAUUUUGGACUGGCCAGAGCCAAGUCAGUUCCCACAAAGACCUACUCAAAUGAAGUUGUCACACUUUGGUACCGGCCGCCUGAUGUGCUUCUGGGGUCCUCCGAGUACUCAACACAGAUUGACAUGUGGGGUGUUGGUUGCAUUUUCUUUGAAAUGGCUUCUGGAAGACCUCUGUUUCCAGGAUCAACUGUGGAAGAUGAACUGCACUUAAUCUUCCGACUGCUAGGAACUCCAUCUCAGGAAAAUUGGCCAGGUGUUUCUUCAAAUGAUGAGUUCAAGAACUACAACUUUCCAAAAUAUAAACCGCAGCCUCUAAUUAACCAUGCACCCAGGUUAGACUCUGAAGGAAUUGAGUUGAUAACAAAAUUUCUUCAGUAUGAAUCUAAGAAAAGGGUUUCAGCAGAAGAGGCCAUGAAACAUGUGUACUUUCGAAGUCUGGGACCAAGAAUACAUGCUUUACCUGAAAGUGUAUCAAUAUUCAGUUUGAAAGAGAUUCAGUUGCAAAAGGACCCCGGUUUUCGAAAUUCUUCUUAUCCAGAGACAGGACAUGGGAAGAACAGAAGACAGAGCAUGCUCUUUUAA